GGUUUGGUUUGACUUGAGCUCUUGUUGAUAUCAUAAUCGUUAAUGAUUUUUAUUAAGAUUGAGUGAAUUUAUUGAUAAAUAAUGAAUAAUGCAUCGCAAUUUUCUUUACGGUGGAAUAACUAUGUGUCUCACGUUACGGAAGCAUUCAACGAAUUGAGGUUUUCGAAUGAUUUAGUGGAUGUCACAUUAUGUUGUGAUGGUGGCAAAAUCAGGGCUCACAAAAUGUUAUUGUCGGCUUGUAGUAAUUACUUUAAACAGAUUUUCAAAGAAAAUCCGUGUCAGCACCCUGUGAUUAUAUUUAGGAAUGUCAAGUUUGAGGAUCUUAAUGCAAUAAUCAAUUUUAUGUAUCAUGGUGAAGUUAACAUAUUUCAGGAACAGUUGGAAUCUUUUCUUAUAACAGCCGAGUUACUAGAGGUAAAAGGUUUAACUGAUAAUGCAGAAGAGGAAACUUCUAAAACUCCUAUUAUGUUAAUUGAUAAUACAUCAUUAGACUUAAGUUCAAAGUCAACCAGAACAAAUCAAGAUAUGGUACCUAUUCAAACCGAUGAACCAAUCAAUCUUGCCACAGUACAGACUAAUAGGGAUGAAAACAUUCCAGAUGCGAAUAUGCAGAAAAAAUUACAUGAUAUCAUUGUAGAAACUGAAUUGCAGACAGAAAAAGUUACACCUGAUGAAAGUACAAACUCAAGUACCCGAGGACCUCCAUUACCAAGUGAAGAGAUGCAAGUUGAUACACAAUCUACAUCUGCUGAAGACCUUUCAGAGAAAAAUAAUGACUCUGAUUUGGCAAAAUUUAGGUGCCAGUUAUGUCCAAAAGGCUUCAAACAUCCAACAUCAUUGACUCUACAUAAAGACUCCCAUGCUGGUAAAACGCAAUGCCCAGUUUGUCACAGAUCAUUUUCAAGAUCCUACGAUAUGAGGAGUCAUUUGCAAAGGAUUCAUCAAGGAAAACAAUUGACAAUCAAAGAAAUCAGAUACAAGGGCAAUAGUGAUAGUGCAUCCGUAGCAAAGCAGUUUACGCCUAAUAUUUAGCACAAACUAUAUUAAUUGUUAUUGUUGACGCACACCACGCAACAUGCCUGUUAUUAUAAUUAUUGUCAUAGCUUAUUAUCAGUGUAAAAUUUAUAGCGAUAGAAGAAUAUUUAUUAAAAUUUUUGUAAGUCACAAAA